AAGCAUGAGCAGGAAUGCUAGAUGGCAGCAUAUUCAGAAUAAACACAACACUCAAUCUUCAGUCUCGUUGUCAAAGGGACAGCUGCUUUUCAGCAAGGACAAUUUUGUCACUUAAGAAAAAACAAAUUAUUAUUAGUGGCCUUUUUUUUCCAGGCAUAGGUAGAUAGUGAUUUUAGUUUGACAGCACUGUUGUUAACUUGGUUUUGUCUUUCUAAUGGUGGGUGGUAGUAGAAGCAGGUCCACAGAAGAAACAUAAACGUUUCUGUUGUCUGUUCUUCUGCUCUUUCCAGCCCUGCUACCAGUGAUCUUAAGAAAUGGUUUAUGAAGGGCUCUCUAGCUCUUUACAAAAACAGUGCAGAUGAGCCUGACAAUCUGUGUUUAGGCAGCUUUUUUUCAAAAUACACGACCUAAUGCUUCUGGGUUUGGGUUUUGGUUUAGUGGAUUUUUUUUAGUAUUUGUCAAAAAUGUUUACAGGUCUCAUGUGACAUGAAAUACAUGGGAUGCAGUGAUGUAAUCAGAUAUAGUAUUGUGAGUAACUGUUCUAAAUAUGUGGGUGCAAAAAUCCCUUCAAAGGCUGCAGUGUUUUGUUCAGGUGAUGGAGUACCUGUGGCACUGUAUGUUGUUCGGCCUCUUGCAUCUGCAAACCCUCCAUGGAGUUCAGGUAUGUAAACAGCAGUGAAACAGUUGCUGUCUUGGCACAACCCGUGUGUUCUGCUCUGAACUGUCUCUCCCUGUGGAAGGGAUCUUGCCUGUACAAGUAUGCAGCACUUGAGCCUUUUAGACUUUAAAUGGAUGACCUGCAGAGCCCUUUUUAUUGGGAUUCAACUCCCUGAUGGUUUGUGUAUGUUUGCGUCCAUGUGUUAGGGUCCUAGGAGGUCCUUUCUGUAGGCUGUACCAGGGAAAUCUCUGCCACUGAGGGUUUAGGGUCCAGUGAAGAUUACACUGCUCGGUGAGCAUGGGUGAAAAUGAAGAACUUGAGGAUUUGGAGGAUGUAAUUUCCUUUGCUGCUUAACAGGGUCUGACUUAAUUUUCGUUCUUAAACUCUGCUUGAGGUAAGAUUAAGACUAUGGACUACUACAGGAAGGCUUAAAAUGUUUAAAUAAUACAGUUGCUGAUUGAAAUGUUAAUGUAGAUUGGCUUUGGGAGGAGAUAACGGUUUUGUAAGUGGACUCUGUCUUCGUCCUGCCUACGGCUCCUCUGGUGGGGUGGAAUGUCACCCUGACCCCUUCCCAUUGGCCUGGUGUGUUUGUCCAGGUGUCUGCCUCUUCCAUAAAAGACGAGGAUUGCUGGACCUGGCACGCAUUCGGCAAGCGCUGCUUCAGAGAAAAAUGACACAACACGUUCAUUUGGGUGUUCUACUUUUGUGUCUCGGAUUAAUGUGUCCUUUUGUAACUGGAGUUUUUAUGGACAAGCUUGCCAGCAAGAAGCUGUGUGCUGAUGACAACUGUGUCUACACCAUUUCCCUUGCCAGAGCAGAAGAGGAUUAUAAUGCUCCAGACUGCAGAUUCAUUAAUAUUAAAAAAGGGCAGUUGAUUUAUGUUUACUCAAAACUAGUGAAAGAAAAAGACUCUGGAGAAUUCUGGGCUGGAAGUGUUUAUGGAGAACAGUAUGAAGACCAUAUGGGGACAGUUGGUUAUUUCCCCAGCAGUUUAGUCUCAGAACAACAUGUCUAUCAAGAAGCAAAUAAGACUAUUCCUACAACGGACAUUGAUUUCUUCUGUGAAUAGUGCUGAAAGCAGCAGUCAGGUAAUCUCUCGGCUGCUGCCAGGGAAAGCUGACAGAAGGAAACCUGGAUGCCCUCCCAGAACACACAGCCCUUCCAGCAGUAGAUGUUUGUGAAAUACAUAAUCCUUCUUCAAAACAAUUAAGUUUUCAUUUAAAGGGAGUGAUUUGGAUGGGGAAAUAGUGCCACACAGGAUUUGUUCUUUAGAGUUUUUACCUGUGUAUAAUUCAUUACUUGUCAAUAAAGCCUUUGAAUUGC